GACUCACAUUGGUGCUGCUGGUCAAGCCCGGCGUUACUAAUACUGAAGGCUCUGGUGAGGCAGGUGAUGAGGAGCACACCUUCCAUGUUGAUGACAUUUUGGAUCUAGUGAGAAACAUGAUGCCCCAGAAUGUGGUUCAGGCUUGUUUCCAGCACUACAAGACUGAGAGGCUGGUUUCUGAAAGUCACAAUAACACGUUCCACGUUUUGUUUCAGCAUGAGGUGCAGCUGGAGGGUGUCUAUGUCCAAGGAUCCAACACGCUGGGCCUGAUUGUGUGCUCCUUUUUCUUUGGAUUGGCUCUCAAGAAGAUAGAAAAGGGGAAAAUCCUUGUGGACCUCUUCACCAUCCUCAACGAAGCCACAAAAUUUGUGGUCAACUUGAUUUUGUGCUUCUUGCCAUUAGGACUGCUGAUCACGACUGUAAGCCACGUUGUUGAAGUUCAUAACUGGGACACUAUCUUCAGACUGGGAAAGUUCAUGGCGGUGGUUGCUGCAGGGCUCCUAAUCCAUGGAGCAAUAGUUCAGCCAUUGGUCUAUCUUCUGUGGGUGAGACGUAACCCCUGGACAGUCAUCAGGGGGGUUUCUCCAGCCUUGAAGUCGGCAGUUCUCACCUCGUCCAGCUCGGCCACACUGCAGCUCACAGCUCAAUGCUGUGAGGAGAAAAUCAAGAUCGACCACAGAAUCAGUCGAUUCAUGCUGCCCCUUGGGACCAGCGUAAACAUGGACGGAACUGCCCUGUACGAGGUGGUCGCAGCAGUUUUCAUCGCGCAAGUCGGCCACAUCAACCUGGACUUGAGGCAGAUAGCCACCAUUAUAGUGGCAUCAGUCAUCCUAAGCACAGGAGCAGUGCAGAUCCCAGCGACAGAAGCGGUGACCACCAUCUUUAUUUUGACAGCAGUCGGUUUGCCUGUGAAGGACGCUGCCGUCUUAGUGGUUGUAGAAUGGCUGCUAGACCGCUGUAACACUGCUGUCAAUGUUUUGGGAAAUUGCAUCGGUGUGGCACUUGUCCACCACCUGUCCAGAGCUGAACUAGGAAGAAUGGAGCAAGGAGAUCAGGACAGGAGCAGGACAUCUACU